CUCCCUCUUCCUACUAAAUCUCUUCACUCUUCUAUCAACGAAUAUGAAAUUCUUUACUACUGCUGCUCUUUUGGCUUUAGCCGUUGCUAUCGUCAGCGCUGAUGUUGCCACCGUCAAAGCUGACGUUGCUGCUAUUGAUUCAGCAGUGACCGAUUUGAACAACAAAUUAGCAUCAAACAAUAUUAACUAUUUCAGCGCUUUGGCUAUUCACGACUCCGCUCAAGCAUUAGACAAGAAAAUUCAAACUGCUACAAGUGACGUAAAUUCAAACACUGAAACCGUGACUGAAUCUGAUGCACAAGAUAUUAUCAACACUUUGACAGGUACAGAAGUAAACGUUAAAACUGCAACCGAUCGUUUGGUAACAUUGAAACCUAAAUUUGACUCUCUUGGCGUUUCAAAUUUGGCAAAACAAGAUAUUGCUGCUUUAUCAAAGGACACUGACGCUUUCGGAAAAGCUCUAGUCGCCGCUGCUCCUGCUGAUUUGCAAUCCAAGGCGCAAUCUUUGGCUGAUGAGUUCAACGCCGAUUUGAAAAACGCUGCUACCGCUUACGGUGCCUAAGGGAUGGUGUAAUAGUGCUUUUCAAACUCAUCCGAAUUUCAUCCUUCUACCACCUUUAAAACAAUUUCGCAAUAAUAUUCACCACAUCUACCAAAGUUUUGUCUAGCUACAAAGAAGAUCGUCGAGCUUAAUCGGUAG